CUUUAAAUCUUAUAUUGCAUGCAAAAAACCAUUCUUAACAAAAAAAGCACAACGCAAACGUUAUAAUUGGGCCAAAGAACAUAAAAAUUGGACUAAAGAAGAUUGGCGACGUGUUUUAUGGACUGACGAAUCAUCUGUCAGCACUGACUCAAAUGGAAAAAUUUGA